AUGGUCCUGUUCUUGCGGAGGAAGUCCACUAAGACCAUCUCUGUUCCAACAACUCCUCUGUUCUUGAUUCCUGAACUUAUAGAAAAAAUCCUUUUAAACGUACCAGCAAUCGACGUCUUGACCAGGUGUCGCAGCGUCUGCAAAAUAUGGAAAGAUCUUAUUGAGAAUACCUCACCCGAUCUGAAAUACUAUUCAACAUCUGGUCUUAGACGCACCGAUCUGGAUGCGGCUAAGGUCAAGCCAUCCCGCGCUCGCCCCAGGUCUACCCCUGAUCGGAGUCCUCACCCUCAACUCCUAACCCCAAUUGCAAUUGACAUUCUUUCCAUAUUUUGGAAACGACUGGCGAAAGAUGGGAUUAUUGUUGACAAGCCCGAGCAACCACGACGAGAAUGGGCGGUUAGAACAUUUUUUCGACGAGAACAAGGGGAUGGGGCACACUCACAACAUGUACAAAGACGGUCUGAGAGCCGUCGGAGCAGCAGUAGCUCCACCAUGAACAAAUUCCAAGAAUGUAUUCUCAUCAUGGGAACCAUUUUUAUCUACCUACCAGUAUCAAGAACCCUCAGAGCAGCCUCCUUCAUAAAGCUGAAGGCUGGCAAGGUCGGGAGGAGGAAAAGAGCUGUAGCCAGCCUCGGGAGAAAACUUAUCAAAGAAUUCACUCCAGUAUGGCAAAAGGUUCAGAUAUUCAAACCUCACACUCCGGAAUUUCGAGGGGUCCUCAUAGGUGCAGGAACAAACCAGAGACACCGUUCAAUCAGUCCUCGGGAUAGUACCCUUAGUCUCCCAAAGAAAUUUACGAAGCUAUCUGACGCGGCAAACGCUUUGAUGACUCCUUUGAUAGAAGCCAUCUAUUGUGGAAAGCUUCUAUUCGUGGAUGCCCCUACCCAUCCUUCAAUCAUACUUGGUGUAGCUGUUCAAGGCCCAGCUGUUGGGAUUGAUCUAACCUACGAAUUCGAUGAGCUUGUAACUCGGAUCAACCGAUAUGAUGGGGCUGCAAAAGAGUCCUUCAUGUUUGGAGCACACGAACCGUUCAAUGUGUCGUGCAAAUUCACAAGAAUAGUCGAAGAUGAGGGUGCCACAUGGGGGGUCUCUGUUAACACUCUUUGGAGAGCCGACCAACUUAAUGAGAACGUGGUGCCCGAAACAGUCUCACAGAGGCGAUGGGGAUUUAUUGCACCCAAUAUGUAG